UGUCGAUGCUAUGUCGUGUCUGAGCUGUGGUCUGACGAAGCUAUGCACUAAGCUGUGGCUAUGUCGUGUCGUAGUUUGAGCUGUAAUUUGUCGAUGCCAUGGUUGUUUCCCUGACAUACAUCAAAAUAAGUAUUUUUGCAACAAUUAUUAGGCUUUGUUUGUUAUAAUUUUUGAUGAUUCAACAUACUUAUCAAUAGAAUCAAAAUAUUUUAUCCAAAUUCUUACUUUUAGAGGCUGAAAUAACCUUCAUUAAUCUAUGAUUGUUCAACAACUUUGUUUAGCCUCUUGUUUGUUUGUUCCAACUUGAAUUUUUGAUUAGAAAUUAAUUACAUUAGUCUGUAGCUAGAUAAAAUGCUCAUUUUUCACUGUUCUUAUUAACAACUUGGUAUAUUAGUAAAAAGUCUAAUCUCAAAAAUGGCAGAAGGAACAAGAUCAAGGGUUGAUUGUGAACCGAGAAGAUCUUCUCGUCGACGAAGGAAGCCAGUUCUAGAAAACACCACUAAAAAGGAGUGCAAAAAUGAUCCAGUUCAUAAGGCUACAGAAGUUGAUAGCGAUCCGUUAGUGCCAGAGUGCGCAGUGUGCCUGCAGCCAUGCGUCUAUCCGUCACGGUUGCCCUGUUCACACAUCUUCUGCUUUCUCUGCCUGAAGGGCAUUGUCACACAGAGCAUGAAAUGUGCCAUGUGCCGUCAGCCGAUUCCUGCCGACUAUCUCGAUCAUCCAGAUUUGGUACCUGUCUCCGCCUCCUCUGCCUCGGCAUCUGAUGCUGUCGCCGACAAGGAUGAUGCGACGGCAGGCUACCAGUGGUUCUACGAGGGGUGGUGGCAGUAUGACGUGCGAACAAACGGCGACCUUGAAACGGCGUUCAAGCAGGGCGAUCGCAGCUGCGAGCUUCUAAUCGCUGGUCACCUGUACCUGGCCGACUUCGACGCCAUGCAGCAAGUGCGUCGCGACGAGUCGUUCCGUGUGCGUCGCAUCAAACGCGACUUGGCAACAAUGCCGAAGAAGGGCGUGGCCGGGCUGAGGCUGGGCGCAGUCGCCGGCAGCGCUCCCAGCGAUGAUCUCGCGAACCAGAUGGCCAACUUGUCGCUGACAGCUGAAAGCAGUACCGAUGUCUCGAGACAAUAAUAACCGUAACCUUCUAGCGACAGAUUCAAUGUUGGGUUUGUAGAUACCGUGAUACACCACUACCUCCGUAAACUAAGCCGUAGUGCAUUCUGGUGACGUCAGCACAGGUAGGGCUCCUACACCAAUAAAAA